AUGGAUUUAGAAACAGAUCAAUGGGUGGUUCAAAUAAACGAGAAGCUCAAGAGCCAUGAAUCUUCGUCAAUGGAGAUUCAAAAAUGGGAGAAACAUUGCAUUUACGCGCUACCAUCCUGUGUUGCAGACUUGAAGAAGAAAGCUUACGAGCCCCAAACGGUGUCGUUUGGUCCAUACCAUCACAUGAAGGAGCAUGUGAAAGCCAUGGAAGAGCACAAACAUAGAGCUCUGAUUCACUUUCUGAGAAGGUGUGGGAAACCAUUGAAGUUUCUGAUCGAAAGCAUGGCAAAAGUAGAACAAGGCCUGGGGGACUGUUACAAGGAACUCGAUGAUCAAUGGAAGGGCAAGAAGGAGAAAGAGAAGGAGAAUAAUGAUCAUAGUUUCUUGAAGAUGAUGAUUGUGGAUGGGUGUUUCAUGCUUGAAGUUCUGAGAUCUGCAGAUAGAGAUAAUAAUAAUGGCGGUGAUUAUGCAGAUAAUGAUCCUGUUUUUAGUGGCCAUGGAAAACUCUAUGUAAUGCCAUAUAUCAAACGUGAUAUGCUUAUGCUUGAGAAUCAGAUUCCCAUGACGGUUCUUGAGAUAUUGAUGGAAUUUGAAGGAAACAAUAAUACCCAGAACCCAGAGUUCCUGAAUGAGCUAAUCCUCAAGUUCUUAUGCCCUAACAUUCCAAUCCACAGAAACUUCGGAAAAUGCUUACACGUCUUAGAUCUCUUCAGAAAAAGCCUUCUCCAACACGAACCCACUCAUCCAACAAUAAUUCCCAAAAAAAUCACAUCAAGCAAACACCACCAAGAGCAAGAUGAAAUCAUCAUUCCCUCUGCAAGAGAGCUUCAAGAAACAGGCAUCAUCUUCAAGCCAAGCAAAACCCACAGCCUCAAAGAUGUCUCCUUCCAUGGAGGAAUCCUUAGAAUUCCUUCAAUCAUCAUAGAUGACAGCACAGAGACAACAUUGUUGAACCUCAUAGCAUUCGAACGCAUGCACGUAGGAGCAGGCAACGAGGUUUCUUGGUUUGUGUUCUUCAUGGAUAACAUCAUAGACAACGAGGUUGAUGUUGUGAUUUUGCAUCAGAAAGGGAUUAUACAGAACGCACUUGGAAGUGAUAAAGCUGUAGCCAAGCUUUUUAACUCAUUGUCCAAAGAUCUUGCCGUGGACCGUGAAGAAGGAGGUUUGGAUAUAGUGCAAGUAAGUGUGUGUAGAUAUUGCAAGAAGCCAUGGAAUAAGUGGAGAGCUAAUCUCAUUGAAACUUACUUCAGAAAUCCAUGGGCGAUUGUGUCUCUUGUUGCAGCAAUAUUUCUGUUUGUGUUGACUAUUAUUCAGACUGUGUAUACGAUUGUCCCAUUCUAUCAUGAAGAUAACUCUAAUAAUCCUUCUCCUCCUGCUGCUAGGGCAUUUAUUCCAAGAGUUCCUCGUCCUCAUCUUUGA